UUGUGCUCAAAUUUAUUUACGGUACGUAUCAUGUGAGGAAUUAAUUAUCAAAAUAUAAAAAUAACGUUGCAUUCCAAAAGUUUGAGACAUUGUUUUGUUUAGAUAAAGAGAUAGUAGUAAGUUAAGAGUACUAAAACAAUAAGAAUAAGAAAACAAAACAGUUAAUGGAUUAUUUUAGGGUUCUUGUGAGAGAGACAACAUAAUUUGAUAGUGUUACAAAAAGAAACUGAUUUAUAUAUGUGUAUACGUCUAUCGUUUUUAUUAACGUAGGGAAACCACUUGUCGUUAUAAUAAAAUUACAUUAAUUAAAUAGGAGAGCUAGACGCAAAAUAAAUUUGAAUAUCUAGUUAUAGUAAGAAAGUGUGGACGUUAGUAUAGACAGAAAUGGAUUUGGAACAGCAGAGUGUUAUACCUGAUAUAAAAGUAGAGAACACUAUUCUUCGAGAGCUUGAGGAGGAAGAUGCUAUACGUCGUCUAGAAGAUGUCGUUGAUACUAUGACGGACAUGGCGCACAUUCGAAGAAAUUCAAGAACGAAAGAUGAGCAUCAAAUGGAAAUCAGUCCAGCGUUAGUAAAAGAGGCAAUAGAGGCUUUUAAUUUAUUCGACAGAAAGGGCAGACAUGGUUUAGAUAUUGAUGGAUUAGCACAUGUAUUUCGUGCUGUUGGUCAGAAUCCAUCUGAUGCUGAAUUGAGGGAAAUCAUGAAAAACUUUGAUCUCGAUGACAAUGGGUUAUUAAACCAGGAAGAGUUUGAGAAGAUGAUCGUAACGUACAUGAAACCAAUGUGGCAAGUGCGAGAGGAACUGAAGGAUGCGUUCAGAAUCUUUGAUAGGACCGGCAAAGGAGAAAUAAACAAAACAGAGUUGGAACGUGUUUUAAAGAAAUAUGGAGAACCUCUGACCCACCGCCAGUCCAAGGAAUUGAUUGAACUGAUGGAUAAAAAUGGUGACGGCAAAGUAAACAUGGACGACUUUGUUGAUUUCCUUUGCGAAGUUGACCAGCCAGAUUACUUCAAGACCCACUAUCCACACAACGCACGUCGGAAGAGCCAAGCUGGACUCCCAUCUCAGCAUUAAACUCGUCUAAACAAAAUGUUUUCAGCAUUUAAACUAGUCAUUACAAAUGAACAACAUUAAUAACUACAUCUGAAACACGGUAUCACGAAUUCAACUGCGCCCGUGUUUUCGGCACGGGAUUUGAAAAUGUCUUCGAGGUCACCCGAACUUUAGACAAGCGAGUUUGAGAUGUCGAGUUUCAAAUGUAUAUAUAACUUGUACAUAGUCAUUGAAUAAUCACAUGUAUAAUAUUUAAGCUCACAGAGUAUACACAAAUCUUCGGCAACAGAAGAGAGUUUAGACAUCCUGUAUGCGAGAAUAUCACGAAGGCUCCGAGUAAUCAUAAAAGACCAACAGGCUUAUUUGGUUGUUGCAUAUUUUUUCUGUUGGACUUUUGUCCGUCUUUCUAUUCAAAUAUCCAUUAUAAUUCUUUAACAUAGAAUUUAGGAGGAUCUCUAUUAUUCCGUAAAAACAAACACAAGACAAAACUCAUAAAGUGGGCAUUUUACAACAAUAACACCAUUGUGCGUUUGACUUUGCUCUGAUAAAAGAGUUAGAUUACUUUCUUUCAACCAUUUUUUAUCCAAAAUGUAGGCAGCAAAUGAAUCCUUAAAAACCUUAAAUAUUAAGAAAUGAAUGACAAAACUAGCGGUUAAUAACACCUCCUUUACAGGUCUUCAGUCAAAUAAAAUGUCACACAUGCACUGUUAAAGUCAUAUCUUUCUUUUAUAUAUUUAUAGAAAAGUUGGUAAUGUUAAUAUUUGAUAUGGAAGAUGUUUUUACGACUUUCAUUGACUGUGGCCUUUAUUAGUACAUAAAUGUAGAAUUUGUAUGAAAAUUUUCUUAUCAAAUGUUCACGCGUC